AAAAAUUUUUAUCUUCAAAACCAUCCACACACUGAGAAACAGCAGAAGAAAGGCUUGAGAGCCUUUUGCUCAUGGCUUUAACAUUGUCAACCACAAAGACCUUCACUAACAUAAACUGCUCAAACAAUACUACAAACAUAACCACCUUUAAGCCUCUCAAGCUUCCUCUUUUCUGGCCAUGGCAAAAGGUAAAAAUGGGUCCUUUAAGUGUUUCUCCUAUGGGUUUUGGGACAUGGGCUUGGGGCAAUCAGCUUCUUUGGGGUUAUCAGACUUCCAUGGAUGAUCAGCUUCAAGAAGCUUUUGAAUUGGCUUUGGAAAAUGGAAUCAAUUUGUUUGAUACUGCUGAUUCUUAUGGUACUGGUAGGCUUAAUGGUCAAAGUGAGAGACUUUUGGGUAAAUUCAUUAAAGAAUCUCAAGUUCUAAAAGGGAAACAAAAUGAAGUAGUGGUAGCUACAAAGUUUGCAGCUUAUCCAUGGAGGUUAACUUCAGGACAGUUUGUGAAUGCUUGCAGAGCUUCUUUGGACCGGCUUCAAAUAGACCAGCUUGGGAUCGGACAGCUUCACUGGUCGACUGCAAACUACGCUCCUCUACAAGAGCUUGUUCUUUGGGAUGGUCUAGUGCAAAUGUAUGAAAAGGGCCUAGUUCGAGCGGUUGGAGUCAGUAACUAUGGACCUCAACAGCUUGUGAAGAUUCAUGAUUACCUCAAAACCCGAGGGGUUCCUUUAUGCUCUGCUCAAGUGCAAUUCUCAUUACUAAGCAUGGGGAAAGAGCAACUAGAGAUCAAGAGUAUAUGCGAUGAGCUCGGGAUUCGUUUAAUCUCUUAUAGUCCUCUUGGUCUAGGAAUGCUAACUGGGAAAUACUCCUCUUCAAAACUUCCCACUGGUCCUCGAUCAUUUCUGUUUCGACAAAUUCUUCCUGGAUUAGAACCUCUGCUUUUAGCACUGAGUGAGAUUGCAAAGAAACGAGGAAAGACUAUGCCUCAGGUGGCAAUAAACUGGUGUAUAUGCAAAGGGACAGUACCGAUACCCGGUAUCAAGUCGGUAAAACAUGUUGAGGAUAAUUUGGGUGCUCUUGGAUGGAAACUUACAAAUGAUGAACAGCUUCAGUUUAAGUUUUUAGAGAAUCAGAUGAAGGCGUUACGGAGAAGCUAUACUUCAACGUCUUCUGGGAAUUCAUCUUCUUCGUCUUCUUCGUUACCUUCUUCUUCUUCUUCGUCGUUACCAUCUUCUUCUUCUUCCUCACCUCCUUCUUCUAAUUCUAAUUCUUCUUCUUCGAAUUCUUCUUCUUCGUGGAUCCAUCUACGGUCUGUUCUCUUUGUGGCGAAUCCUUCGUCUCCAUCUUCAGUUACUUCUUCCGAUCGCCGGCGGAAAUCACCGUGGUCUCGCCGGAAAAGAAAAUGGGCAUUGACGCCGCAUCAAUGGAGGAGUUUGUUUACACCGGAGGGUAAACUCCGUGAUGGUGGGGUUGGAUUUCUGAAGAAAGUUAGAAGCAGAGGUGUUGAUCCAAGUAUUCGUGCAGAAGUGUGGCUGUUCUUGCUCGGAGUCUAUGAUUUGAACAGUACUAGUGAAGAAAGAGAAGCAGUGAAAACUCAAAAAAGGAAGGAGUAUGAGAAACUACAGAGACGAUGCCAAAUGCUUCUCAAGUGCGGCAAUGGGAAUACUAAUAAUCUUGAGGAACUUCCUUCGGACGAGGCAAACGAUCAAUGUGUUCGGUUCGUGGAUGAUUAUAAGAUUACGGGAUCAAUGACAAAUCAAGAUGUUGUCUCUGCUGUGAACACUGAUUCUUCGGAUACAGACUCUUGUGAUGAUAAUGAAGAUGUUCUACUACUCUCAUCUUUUGUACAAAGCGAUGAAAGAAAGCUGGAGGAGGAUAAUAGUAAUAACAAUUCUGAAGAGAGUAGUUCUCCUCUUGAAGCUGCUGCUGCUGAGAUCCAAGUAGAAGUUCCGGUACACGAAGAUUUCUCUACGUGGCAACGUAUCAUCCGGCUUGAUGCUUUACGUGCGGAUUCUGAGUGGGCAACAUAUUCUCCAUAUUCAACUGCAAUCACAGAUAGCAAAGCUCGCGGUUUAGCUGAGUCUGUCGGGUUAAAAGACUAUGAUCACUUAGAAAGCUGCAGGCUUUACCACGCUGCUCGGCUAGUUGCAAUUCUUGAAGCUUAUGCUAUGUAUGAUCCUGAGAUAGGCUACUGCCAAGGAAUGAGUGAUCUGUUAUCUCCUAUCCUCGCUGUGAUCUCAGAGGAUCACGAGGCUUUCUGGUGCUUUGUCGGUUUUAUGAAGAAAGCUCGGCAUAAUUUCAGGCUUGACGAAGCCGGGAUUCAAAGGCAGCUAAGUAUUGUUUCAAAGAUCAUAAAAAACAAAGACUCUCAGCUUUAUAAACACUUGGAGAAUCUUCAAGCCGAGGAUUGUAGUUUCGUUUACAGGAUGGUGCUCGUUAUGUUUAGGAGGGAGUUGAGUUUUGAACAGACGCUUUGUCUUUGGGAAGUGAUGUGGGCUGAUCAAGCAGCCAUUAGAGCGGGAGUUGGGAAAUCGCCAUGGAGCAGAAUCCGGCAACAAGCACCGCCAACAGAUGAUCUGUUGCUCUACGCAAUUGCGGCACUAGUACUACGUAGGAAACUGAUCAUACAGAAAUACAGUAGUAUGGAUGAGAUUGUGGAAGAGUGUAAUAGCAUGGCUGGUCAGCUUAAUGUCUGGAAGCUUCUAGAUGAUGCGCAUCAUCUUGUUGUGACGCUUCACGACAAGAUUGAAACUCUUUCUCAAUCACAGAGUAUUUGAUGAAGAAGUCGAUUCAAGCCAGAAAUGAAGUGUUUCCACUACACAAUGCCCUUGCACUCGUCUGGCUGCGUUUUGUCAAGGUUUAAAGUUUGUCGCGGUUUGGUUCUUACCGAUUUCACUCCUCUCUCUUCUUCUUUCUUUUUGUUUCCUCGUCACACAGAAACACAAUACUAUCCUCAUCACUUUUAUUGUAGUACUAAUGAAAAAGACAAGACAAU